UCUAUGUUAAUCCCAAAAGGAGUUAAGGUCUUCCUUAUGUUACGCUUUUGGUGCAAAUUUACAUCAGAAUGUUUGCUUGUGUUCACAAGCUACAGUGAACUUUGGUUAACUAUACAAAGAAUUUUUCUUAAAAAGGAAUAAUGGUUAACAAACCAACUGAUGCCAAAUGGAUUCUUUUCAUACUACACCUUUCUAAUGAGCUGUUUAAAACUUCAGUGGAUUAGAAGAAUAGACAUGGUUACUAUAUUAUACCAUGAAAUGGUUAAAUAUUAUUGCCAGUGUGACAGAACCAUGGAGAUACCAUGCAGAUACACACUACUGGUCAUCCAUGUGACUGCCUUUUAGCCCACCACUGUGGUACCCGAGGGAAAGUAAGAAAUGAAGAUAAUCUAACAGGUCUUGGCUUGUCUUUUGACAGAAAAAUACCACAUGCAUUCUUGUGCCUUUUUAUCACAUGCAAGCUCUCAGGCAAAAGUUAUUAGCGUUCCAACAAGCAAAAGUUGACCAGACCUUUAUAAAUGAAAGGAGGAGUUUGUACACCAUGAAAUUGAUUUUUGAGCUUAUUUUGAUUUGGGGACUGAUGAAGACUUCAAGAUUCCAGUGUGUGCUAGAAAAGGAGUAUUUCUGCUCUUCAAUUCCAAACGAUUUUCCAGAAGGCCUGACAUCUGUUCUAUUUGUUGUAACGAAGAUUGGGGUUAUCAACUCAAGUGUCUUCAACAGCCCAAACUUGAAAUCUGUCACCAGUCUAGCUCUAGCAAACAGUGGCAUCACAAGAAUUGAACCUGGAGCCUUUUACGCUUUCCAUAGUCUCACCAAACUCAGUUUAUAUCAAAAUAAUCUGACUACAGUUAUGACUUCUUGGCUUUCCAAACCAGGGCACUUAGAAAACCUUACAAUGUCUCAGAACAUCAUUCAGGAAAUAGGCCCUCAUAUGUUGUCCAGUUUCUCUAACCUGACAACCCUUAAUUUAGCUAGCAACAGAAUUCAUAUGAUUGCGGGUGGAAGUUUGAAGAAUUUGUCUAAGCUAACUUUUAUUGAUCUAUCUGGUAAUAACUUAUCUACCUUAACAAGACAUGUGUUCAGUGGACUAGUGUCUCCAAUAAUGAAACUGGGAGACAAUCCAUGGAACUGUUCCUGUGAACUCCAAGAUUUUGGAUUAUUUUUGCAAGAGCUGAUGAAUGCUUCUGUGUUGGAAGAUGCUUCAUCUGUGGUGUGUCAUAGCCCACGGGCCCUGAAGGGAAUUCCUGUUUGGAACAUCUCUGACUUUAGCUGCCCACCUAUUCUCAGAUCACCAUCACUUGAGAAUGACUUCUAUAAAGUUGGAUUGCCAGCAAUGCUUCUAUGUUUAGUGUUUUCAUUUCUUUUGCUGCUUCUCCUGCUCUGGAAGGUGAAACAAGAUAAAAAGCAAGUGCAGCCAGGUAAAGAAGCUACUGUUGAGAAUAGCCAUGAAAAACUAACAGGCCAGCUUAACAAGAUGACAGAGAGACUGAGGAGCAGAGGAUCGUCAGAUGAAAAGUUACAGACAACAGUGAAAAGUGACAAAACCCAACCAAAUAGAAUGCAGAAAACUCGUGCAAAAUCUGCCUCACCAAUUCUGUUGAGAACUGAGUUUCAACAUGGUAGUUCUCAACACCAUAGACCAACUGAUGGGAACCAGGAGCAACCCAAAACCUCUUGCACAGUAAUAGAUGAAAAAGCCUGCAUGAAAAAUGAAGACUGCAACAAUGUUAUGGAACUGUGGUAUUUUAAUAGCUUGCAAGACUGCAAUAAAAAGGCUAUGUGUAGUCAGAAUGCAAACACUUCACUAACUGAACUAGGCAUAGAAAUCCCGAAAAAGGAUAGUUCAGAACUAUUAAAGCAGUCAUUGCAGGACCAUGGAAUUUCACACGUGCAUUGGAAUGAGGAAAUUAAAGGAAGGGGUAAUACAGAGAACGCUGAACCGCUGUUGUAUUUAAGUGUUGCUAGUACAACUGAAGAGUCACCCAGUGUACCUGGCACUGAACAAAAAGAUGCUGUGAGUAGAAAUGUAAAUAUGAAGCUGUGUUCUUUGAGAAGAGUUCUUACUUGGCCAUAUGAAAAAUGCAAAAGGGACGAAAGCCAAAACACUUUAAAUUCAGAUGAUUUUUUCAAGGCACAUUUCUUUAUGUUCACUAGUGAUCCUGGUGUCCCAGCAGCAGUCAGGAAAACAGAAUUCAAAGAUGAACAAAAUCAGUAUAAUUUCCAUCUACAUACUGUAAAGGAACAAAAGGCAAUUCAUGAUUACAGCAGUGGUAAACCUAACUUAAAGAGAGAAGCAAAACCAGCAAACAAAUUAGUAUCUCCACUUAAAGGAGCUAAGCAAAUAGCCACAAUGGAAAAUGCAUGCAUCUCAGUCCCUGGGAAAGGAUUCAGAGGCUCUGAGACUGUAAAAAAGAAUAAGAAUAACAAAGAUAUACCUUCGCAGGCUGGAUUCUGCAGGGACAGUCUUCACUCGCCAGCAUCCUCAGACAAAUCUGGUCAUACCUCCUCCCCAUGUGAUAAUACAUUACUUGAAAAUAAUGAAUACACCUUCAUUGAUCUUUUGCAUGAAGUCGUGGAAAAUCGUGGGAGGUGGACUAGGCAGAGGUGGAAGCAGACCCAUCAAGUGCGAAUUGCUAACCACUCCCCAAUGAAAUCAAAGUAAACUAAUUGCACUCCAUCAAAAAAUGUUUCAUGUGCUAUAGGCUGCCUAUUUUAACCAAAAUUAUUAUUGUUAUAACAUUUCAGUAGUGGUGACACAUGCCAGACUUGACAGUACUGGAAGCUGAAAUCCUCUAUUAUAGAUACUUCAGGAGCAAUGCAAAGUGCUCCAUAUUGCCCUUCCAGAAUGCCUUAACUAUGUUUUGAAAAAGCAACUUCUAAGGAUGAGAGGGGACUUUUCUCCAUGGCUCAGUCAAUUCGUGGUGCCAAAAAAAGGUGACACAUGUCAUGAAGGUUUUUGUGAUGUGAUCAUUUAUUUACAGGGAGCUUGACUCAGACCCAUCAAACUCAUUUCAUCUAGGCAACCAAACAGCUUUCAGAUGAGUAAUGAGUUUAGAUCAGUAAUCAUCUAGGGUAAAUUUUCCUAAAUUGCCCAAGAGAUUUGCAUGCUGAAGUCCCAUUGAAAGCAGAUAUGACUUAGGUACCUAAGUCACUUAGCACUUUUGAAAAUUUUAUCUCAAGUCUGGUUUUGCACCAGGUAUGUAGAAGAUUCCAAAUCCCAUUACUCACCCCCCACCCCUCCAAAAUAACCCAUAUCAUUACUGGUUUUGGUUCAAGCAUUGCACUAAGUAGGCAAAUUUAUUAAUUAUCCCUAGAAUUUUCCAUCUGCCUAGAAAUGGAUAGUUCAUGGGGUACGGAGCCUUUCAGCUCUGGUUAUUGACUUACUCUAGUCAUUGGCAGACACCAUCAGUAUCCAGGGUUGUCAAUUUGGCAUAUUCAUGAGCACUUAAAAUUAAUGUAAAAUUUUCAAUUUACUUGCACAAAAUAUGAAAUGUUAACGUAUAUCAUGUCAUGAUAAUGGGUUAUACCCCCUUAAAGGGAUUGCUAAUUGUGCUAGCUUGCAUGCGUGUGCUCUAUCUAUAUAUAUAUUCUUACUACUAAUAAGUCUUUUUGGUAGGUUUUACACAUUGUAUUUUCAAUUAAUAAUUUAUAAUAUGGCUAAUAAACCAUGUAACUAGAAAUGUUUGUCUACGCUGCUUGUUGUUAGUCUGUUUGCAAUUACAUCCAACAGACAUUUUUAUGCUUAUAUUUGCUCUGAUUUAGGGCUGAUGGCAAAUCACAAAGAAUUUAUUCUGUCUGUUUGGAUUUGUUUAGAAAUAUUGUAAUUCCUUCUUGUUAUACAACUGGCACCUGCCCCCCCCCUUUUUUUUUUUGUGGAGUAAGGAUUUUGCUGAGGAUAGAUUUAAAGCAGGGGUUCUCAAACUAGGGGUCGGGACCCCUUAGGGGGUCACAAGGU